AUGGGGCCUCCUCCUCCUCCUCCUCCUCUUCUUCUUCCUCGGAGGGAUGGGGCUCUGGGCCGCCUUCUCGGGGGGCCCCCUCUGGGCUGGCAAGGCUCCGGCUGGCAGGCGGCGCUCCUGGCGACCUCCAUCCUGGUUUCUUCCAACCUGCCAAUUCACAGCCAGGAGAUUUCCAUCUUGCUGGAACCCUCCAACCUGAUUGAAGAAGGAGAGACCAUCAGCCUAACCCCACAGGUCAGCCCUGACCCCUUCAGAGACUGCCGCUGGCUCCGAGGGAUGGAGCUGAUCAUGACCCAUGAGGCCGGCCAGCCUCUCUUUGUCCUGGGAGAGGCCUACAGCGGACGGGAGGUCAUGGAGCAGGACUGCUCCCUCUACAUCAGCAACGCCACGGAGGACGAUUCUGGAACAUAUACAGUGAUCAUAGACAGAGAUGGAGCCUCUUAUGCAAGAGGAGAUGUUGACCUCCUGGUGGCAGCAAAACUCUCUCAAGCUGUCUUGCAACCUGCCAAAUCCAUCGUAGAAGAGAAUGGAAAUGUCACCUUACAGUGCAUCACCUCCGGCAGCUCCGUGUUCACCAUCUCUUGGGUCAAGGAUGGCCAGCCAGUCCCAGAGACGGAGGUGCUUUCUAACCAGAGCCAUAAACUCAUGCUCAGGAACAUCACCAGAGACGUGGCCGGGAGCUACACCUGCGUGGCCACCAACCCUUUCAGCAAUGUGGCGAGCAACCCUGGGCAGAUCAUUGUCACAGGAGGCACUUUCCCCUCUGCUCUAGAUUCUCCUGACUGGAGUGGUGCCUCAUGGAAAUCUGGCGAUAUUGUGAAGAUUGUGGCUGGAACCUUUAGUGCACUCCUGGUCAUUUGCAUUGGAUUGAUGCUGCUUUUCUUCUGCCUCCGUGAGAUGCAGACGCUGGAGAAGAGGGACGCCGCCUCCUGUCCUUGCGCCAUCUGCACCGCCAUCGGCUCCGCCUCCGUCCUAUGA